AUGUGUGCCCUGUGAUUAGCUGGCCACCAUUUGCCCGAAGAGAGCUGGGAUAGGCUCCAGCAACCCCGCGACCCUCGUGAGGAUAAGCGGUAAAAAAUGAUAAUAGCAUGAUAAUAGCUCUUAUAUAUUUUUUCUUAGGUAAUUUCUGUAUGAUAUCAUUACUAAAAUAACCAUAACUAGCAUUGCUAGGAAUGCUACAUGUUUAGCAUCAAUAUAGUUGUUUAUUAAUCCCCAUAAUAGUAGUCUUAUGAGUGUUUAUUUACCUGCCACCUGCUGUUCUGUCAUGUUUUGUUGGCACGGUGAUUGUAAUUAGUAUUCUGUUUACUCACCGCAAAGGUUUAAGACGCCUGAGCUAACUCUUAGCUAAACUGCUAUUUUGGAUCAGCCCAAAAAAAGAAUAGGUUUGUAUUGAAUGUGUUGGGCAAAGACAAUGCCAAUACAAGCCUUAUUUUUUUUAAUUAAAACUCAUUUAUUACCUUCAACUGUUCGAGAAAAUGGUGUAAAAUAACCGAACUAAGAAAAAUAUACAAUAUAACCCUUGUUAUCAAUAUUUGGAUCGAUCCGCCCACCCCUACCGGUCACCUCUAAUUAGGGUUGAGAAUGCUACAUGUUUAGCAUCAAUAUAGUUGUUUAUUAUUCCCCAUAAUAAUAGUCUUUUGUGCGUUUAUUUACCUGCCACAUGCUGUGCUAUCAUUUGUUUUGUUUGUUGAUUGUAAUCAGUGUUUUGUUUUCUCACCGCACAGGUUUAAGACCCCUGAGCUAACUCUUAGCUAAACUGCUAUUUUGGGUCAGCCCAAAAAAAGAAUAGGUUUGUAUUGAACGUGUUGGGCAAAGACCAUGCCAAUACAAGCGUUAUUUUUUUUUACUAAACCUCAUUUAUUACCUUCAACUGUUCGAGAAAAUGGUGUAAAAUAACCGAACUAAGAAAAAUAUACAAUAUAACCCUUGUUAACAAUAUUUGGAUCGAUCCGCCCACCCCUACCGGUCACCUCUAUUUAGGGUUGAGAAUGCUACAUGUUUAGCAUCAAUAUAGUUGUUUAUUAUUCCCCAUAAUAAUAGUCUUAUGUGUGUAUAUUUACCUGCCACAUGCUGUGCUAUCAUUUGUUUUGUUUGUUGAUUGUAAUUAGUGUUUUGUUUUCUCACCGCACAGGUUUAAGACGCCUGAGCUAACUCUUAGCUAAACUGCUAUUUUGGAUCAGCCCAAAAAAAGAAUAGGUUUGUAUUGAACGUGUUGGGCAAAGACAAUGCCAAUACAAGGCUUAUUUUUUUUUAUUAAACCUCAUUUAUUACCUUCAAUUGUUCGAGAAAAUUGUGUAAAAUAACCUAACAAAGAAAAAGAUACAAUAUAACCCUUGUUAUCAAUAUUUGGAACGAUCCGCACACCCCUACCGGUCACCUCUAAUUAGGGUUGAGAAUGCUACAUGUUUAGCAUCGAUAUAGUUGUUUAUUAAUCCCCAUAAUAAUAGUCUUAUGUGCGUUUAUUUACCUGCCACAUGCUGUGCUAUCAUUUGUUUUGUUUGUUGAUUGUAAUUAGUGUUUUGUUUUCUCACCGCACAGAUUUAAGACCCCUGAGCUAACUCUUAGCUAAACUGCUAUUUUGGGUCAGCCCAAAAAAAAGAAUAGGUUUGUAUUGAACGUGUUGGGCAAAGACAAUGCCAAUACAAGCCUUAUUUUUUUAAUUAAAACUCAUUUAUUACCUUCAACUGUUCGAGAAAAUGGUGUAAAAUAACCGAACCAAGAAAAAGAUACAAUAUAACCCUUGUUAUCAAUAUUUAGAUCGAUCCGCCCACCCCUACCAGUCACGUCUAAUUAGAGCUGAGAAAAUGCUUUUACAUCAGUCCGCCAGCAGGAGGCGCACUCGCGCAUGUUAUAGUGAAGCUACAGUGCAUACCCAAAAAAUGGCUUAUAGCUUUUUUUAUUUCCCAGCGUCCAUUUAUGUGAUUUGGAAUAAGCCAUAAUUUAUUGUGUGUUGGGGGGAGGGAGGAGAGACCAGAAGUGACCGACAGAUGUCACGGAUGAACGGUGACUCUGACCCACUUCACCCCGCAGAGCAGACCGGAAGCCCGCUAAAUGGCGAUGAAAUGGUGCAAAAAAAUGUCAUUUUCUUCAAUGAAACUGCGGUUAUUUUACAUCCGUGCGGGUUACAUUUGGAUUAAACGGCACUGCAACAGAGAUGAAGGAAGGAAGGUAGGAAGGAAGCAAGGAAGGAAGGAAGGGGAGGGAUUGAGAGGAAAGUGAGGAGCAGCACUUUUGGGCUUCCUUGCAUCUGGACGUCUGGUCUGCUGCACUCCAUGAGACACGAAGAAGAAGGAAACACAAGCACCAAGGAGAAGAAAGUUCUUUUUCCAACGGGACAAGGGAGCAGCGGGAAUGUUGCCGGUGAUCCUGACAGUGUACCUCAACGACACCCAACAGAUGCUGACUGAGGUCCCAGUGACUCCUGCAACCAGGGUUGUGGAUGUUGUAGAAUACUGCAAAGAGGCAGGCGAGGGGGAGUGUCACUUGGCUGAAAAAUGGAACGGACGUGAGAGAGUUCUCCCUCAGGAGGUGUUACUCCUGGAUCUCCUUCAACAGUGGGGAGCGAGGAGGCCAGAGGUCAGCUUCUACCUGCGGCACUGUCCUUCCUGGUCACAAGGAAAUCAGCAGCCUUUGGAGACCGCUUGGACCACGGAUGGACCGUGGAACUCUAAUGAUGGCGUUCCCCGUGUGGAGCUAACCCUCUCUCAGCUUCAGGAAAUGGCCACAAGACAACAGCAACAAAUAGAAGCUCAGCAACACAUGUUGGUCGCCAAGGAGCAGAGGCUGAGGUAUCUUCAACAGGGAGGCAGAUCCAACCAGGGACUCACACAGUCUGAAGCUGAGAAACUUCAACGACUGAAAGAGCGAGUGGAGACUCAGGAGGCGAAGCUGAAGAAGAUCCGAGCCAUGAGAGGACAAGUGGACUACAGUAAACUGAUCAACGGCAACUUAUCUGCUGAGAUCGACCAUGUUAGCAGCCUGUUUCAAGAGAAGCAGGCCGAGCUCCAGUCUGCUGUGAUCCGAGUGGACCAGUUGACCCAACAGCUGGAGGAUCUGAGGAAAGGACGCCUCCAACUCCAUUCUGUGGCAUCCCAGAAGGCGGCAACCAAUAGAACCCAGAGUACGACUACCGCCGGAGUCAAAGGGUCUCCGCUAUCAGGAACUGCAGCUUUAGAACUGAGGAAACUCUACCAAGAACUGCAGGCUCGGAACCAUCACAACCUGGAGCGCAGCAGCAAGUUCAUGCAGGGCAAGGAUCUGCUCAACAAGAGGAACACUCAGGUGACAGCGAUGGAUCAACGCAUCGGCGACCUGAGGGAGCGACUGCACAAGAAACGAGCAGAAUUGAGUCGUAUGAGUGAAGGAGGAACGCCUUCUCCUCAAAGCUCUCCUCUUCUGAGCGGUGGAGUUUCAUGCCGAGUGGCUGCUGUUUGCCCCUACGUCCAAGCUCCACCAGAAGGGGGGCAGAACCUGUCACCGGACCCCUCCCCCAAAACCACUCCGCUCAGUCACAUCCGCUCCCUGUCAGACGAGGAUAGGAGUAGCGUCAGGAAACCUCCCAGCCAAUGGAAAGUGUCAGAUUUAGACAUCAUCCUGUCGGAUGGGAAUGACGCAUGCGAGGGCCCUCAGUCUCCUCAGGAGUCCAAGAGUAACACAAACAGCAACACCAGUGAUGCAUCGUGGCCCAGCAUUGGGAAAAAUGUGUCUAAUUGGAGGACUAACGGUCCAGAACAGAUUCCUUCCGGGUAUGGCACCUACCCCAGUGCCACCCACCAGGCAGCAGGGCAUCAUUGCUCCACCAGCUCCCUACCUCGAUCGGCCCCUGGCACCCUGGGGUGGCCUCGAACCAGCACUGCUCAUGGCACCUCAUCUUUUUCUUCAUCCAUCUCCUCAAAGCAAAUGGAACAACAUGUUUCUGCAACUCCACAGUCCAAUCAAGGUUCUGCCACCAGCUCCCAGUCAUCUUCACUUCCCCCUCCGAGUGAGCGAACGGAUCCUCCUCCAGCAGUCGCUGUACGUCCAUACGUCCCCGACCAUCCCUCCCGGCCCCAGUCCCCUCGAAAAGGCCCCGCGACAAUGAACAGCAGCUCCAUCUACAGCAUGUACCUCCAGCAGCCUCAGACCAAAAACUAUGGCUCACUCAACAAUAGGAGCACCGUCAAAGCAAUCUAUGGGAAACCCAUCCUCCCAGCAUCCUCUACAUCUCCAUCCCCUCUUCCGUUCCUCCAUGGAGGAGGAAUCAGAGCAGCAGAAGACGUUCCAGACAAGGAAGAAGGAAAAGUGGUUGAUGGAGGAAUGACCAACAUUGGGCCAAUCCUCCCUCCCCCGAGCGUGGACAACAUCCCUCGUCCUCUCAGUCCUACCAAGCUGACUCCAGUUGCGUACUCCCAACUUCGUUACCAGAGUGAUGCUGACCUGGAAGUCCUCCGCCGCCGCCUCAGCAAUGCCCCACGACCCCUGAAGAAGCGAAGCUCCAUCACCGAACCCGAGGGCCCACAGGGGCCAAACAUUCAAAAACUAUUGUACCAGAGGUUCAACACUUUGGCUGGAGGCAUGGAUGGAGUCUCAGGGAACACGUUCUACCAGCCUGAUUGUCUUUUGGCUGACAUGGACAACAGCCUUCCGGCAGAGGGGGCUUCAGAAGCGGGUGAAAAGCAUCCCGGUUUGGCGACAGAGGACGCUGAAGUUCAAAACCUGAACCUGGACUGCCGUCGCUUAUCGCCUGCGCCCUUCGAGACGCCCGGGGAAACGACUACAGCAGGACAAAUGAAACACAAUCCGUCUCAAUCGCCACAAACGAGACUUCCCUCGGCUCCUGUCAGGCCCGAAGACCAGAAUAACAACCAGAGUGAUUCUAGUCCCACCCACGUCACGGGGCCCGUUUCCCCCUCGCCGGCACCACAGCCUCCUAAGGCCAAACGAACCAACUUGAAGAAGCCAUCAUCUGAGCGUACGGGCCACGGGCUGAGGGUCAAGUUUAACCCUCUCGCUCUGCUGCUCGAUGCAUCGUUAGAGGGGGAGUUUGAUCUGGUACAGAGGAUUAUAUAUGAGGUGGAAAAUCCCAGCAUGCCAAACGAUGAAGGCAUCACCCCGCUCCACAAUGCCGUCUGCGCCGGCCAUCACCACAUUGUCAAGUUCCUGCUGGACUUCGGAGUGAACGUCAAUGCAGCAGACAGCGACGGAUGGACUCCUCUGCACUGUGCGGCCUCAUGCAACACCGUCCACCUGUGUAAGAUGCUGGUAGAGUCCGGGGCGGCCAUUUUUGCUCAAACAAUCAGUGAUGUUGAAACGGCGGCAGACAAAUGUGAAGAAAUGGAGGAGGGCUACACACAAUGCUCUCAGUUUCUUUAUGGCGUCCAGGAAAAGUUGGGUGUGAUGAAUAAAGGCUCGGUCUUUGCCCUGUGGGACUACAAAGCCCAGCAGUCUGACGAGCUGACCUUCGGCGAGGGGGACGCGCUCACCGUCCUGCGACGGCGUGAUGACACGGAGACGGAGUGGUGGUGGGCGCGGCUCAACGACUGCGAGGGAUAUGUUCCCAGGAACCUGCUGGGGCUCUACCCAAGGAUCAAACCCAGACAACGCUCGCUGGCCUAAAGCCCGGAGCAGUAGCCCCGUGCACGCUCACGUGCACGCUCACGUGCAGCCAGAGAAGCAGCGUCUACUGCAGGUGGAGAUGGAGGCUGAUGGAGCAGAGAAGAGACAAAGUGACAAAAUACUGUAUAUUACCACUUAGUAAUAUACUUGAGGUUGUUUUUGAGGUCGCUGAUGAUGAAGCGCUGUCAUAACAUCAACAGGACAAAAUCACUCAAGCAUGCGAUAUCAUUCACUAUGCCGUACAAAUGUAAAAAGUAGCUGAAAUGAUAUUUAAAAAAAAAAAAAGACAAAUAUCAACUGUUAGUGUUUUUGCCAUGAAGUCAACAGUGGUGCAUGCAGACAUGACAACAUCAGUCCAGCUUUGAAAGGACUGUUGAUGAGGAGUAGAAUUCAAUGAGGCUAACUGGGCAAAACAGUAGGGGUGGGCGAUACUGGAUAUAUUGGUAUCGAUGGGAUACCAAGUAAAUGCAGGGACAGUAGUGAAAGAUUUUGUGAGUUUGCCGCUACUUUUUAAUACAUAACAAUUAAAGACAAGCAAAAAAAAAAACAAAUAAUUAAUUAUAAUUAUUAUAUUAUAUAUAAUAAUUUUUAUAUAAUUAUAUAUAUAUUAUUAUAAUAUUAUAAUAUUAAUUAUAAUUAAUUAUACACGCAAUUGUGCUACUUUUUAAUACACAAUGAUUAAAGACAAGCAAACCCCCCACAUAAUUAAUUAUAAUUAUUAUAUUAUAUAUAAUUAUUAUUAUAUAAUUAUAAUUAUUAUAUAUAGUAAUUAUAAUUAAUUAUACACGCAAUUGUGCUACUUUUUAAUACAUA